AUGAAAUCUUCGCUCAUUCUCCGGAAGGACCGUGAAACCCCCAAUUCUCAAGGCGAUUCCCCUAACCAUCAUCGGCCUCUCCAUCAACUUCGAAGUCAGGCUCGGGUCGGGCCCACUCUUAAGUUUAGCUACAGGUCCGUGAAGACCGACGUCGGGAUAUUCGGGACUUUUAGUGAAAAAGGUCACGAGGACUGUCAGACAGUUUUCUCCUCAUUUGGCAGCAAAGAUGAGACCUCCUCUCACGUAAGUAUAGUUACUACUAAAUUUGCGUAUCAUCUGUUUCUGGUUCUUACAUGGGCGUGUAAUUUUAGACCUGUUAUUCGAGGGCGCCCAUCUGCAAAACGAGCAAUACAUAUAUGUGGACAGCCUCGAUGGGUAUUCGUCUUGGUAUUUUCUGCAAUGAGUUUCUUCCUCUGGUUUGCUUCAUGUGGUAUUCUCAUGGUCUUAUGGGCCUUUGCUAUUGGACUUCUUGCCACUCUCAUUCACGCGAGCUUUAGAACACCCAACUUGAAAGCUCGCCUGAACACAUUCCGUGAAGAAUUCCGUGCCGUUUGGCAUAAUUAUAGUGAGCUGUAGCUUGUCUGUAGCAGAACACAUGACAGGUAAUUCAACAUAUAUCCACUUAUGAUUGAUAAACCAUAUCACUUCAUCAUAUCCAUUUAUAUACAGUCCUUUUGUUUUAGCUGGUGCCAGAUAGUCUUCAUCAUCUUCACCCUUUUUGGUUGCAUUACCUUCUGUAGUGUACUUUUCACGGUGCUUCUGAAAAAUAGUCAGGGUGGGUUAUCAUGUUUAAGCCAGUUGGCUUGCCGAUACCCAUAUGGAAUUUGAGGCUCUUACUGAAGAUCGUCACUGAUACAUGUUUUCUGUAUAGUCUA